AUGGACGACGUGACUUACUCUUCGGAAAGAAGUGUUGCUUCUAUUCUGAUUGUUCCGCAUGCGGUCUUCAGCGUAAUUGCAACCCUUCUGGUCGGGUUGCGGAUUUAUUCUGCCCGAGUAAUUACCAAAUCACCAUGGACAUUUGACGAACAUAUUGCCAUUGCGGCGUUGAUCGCGAACCACAUCAUGCUCAUCAGCGAAGGCAUCGCGGUGAACUAUGGGCUUGGAACAGAAAUGACCCAGAUCUUGACAAAAUUCCCUGGCGGAGUCUCUGCUUUUCUCAAGUGUAUUCUCUCCAUUGAGAUAGCAUACGGAAUUGCAUGCCCUCUAUCGAAACUGGCUGUGCUUACCAUGUUCUACCGUAUCUUCUCGGCUUCGAAGAUCUUGCGAUACUGCGUGUGGGCAAUUGCUUUUGGACUCAUUGGGUGGGGGAUUGCUGUGGUCGGCGUCAGUAUCUUUUCUUGCACACCCAUCGCGAGAUUCUGGGACCAAACGAUCCCUGGCACAUGCAUCGAUUCGAGCAAAUUCUACAUUGGCAUCACUGUACCAAACAUCAUCUUCGACAUUCUCACGGUAGCUGUUCCGAUCCACGAAGUCUGGAGACUACAAAUGGGGCGCGAAAAGAAGCUCGCCAUCACAGGCGUCUUUCUGCUUGGUGGCAGCGUCGUUCUCGCCUCGAUUGCUCGACUGGUCCUCUUUAUCAUCUAUCGGCCUGGAGAAGGAGCAACAGGAAAUAAUAUCAGCCAGACUGUUAUCAUUCCUCAUGCGGCCUCUGCAAUCGAAACAUGCCUUGCUAUCAUUGGCGCAUGCCUCCCGCCAUGUGCCCCUCUCUUCCGUCGCUUUCUCGGUGGCGUUGUCAGCGUUGUGAGCUCCGGAGACCGAUACAACUCGAGGCCCAGCGGAGCGGCUAAGUCCGGAAACUCGAAAAACUUUAACACCCUCGUAACGAUUGGAAAGAUUUCCAAUCGUGGCGUGGGACACCGCAAAGGCUCCAACGAGGAUGACCUCGAUGGUUCCUUUGAACAGCUUGGAGACGGGAAUAGUCUGCAAGGAUCCACCGACGAGUUGUACGUGAAUAACGAAAACUCCGGGUCUCGCAGAGAUCUUGGUGCGGAGGAUGGAAUACAUGUCAAAAGAGAAGUUCACGUGGAGAGGAGUGGGAAGGUAGCGUCACAAGACGUCAGGGAAUGGGUCACCGGCGACAUUCCGCUGGAGAGGAUGACGGAUCGUGAAAAGACAUCCGGAGUUACAGGGCUGGCUAGAUAG